UUCCCCACUCUGGUCUCACUUCAAAGCGAAUAAAUCUUUCGCCUUUUACUAAAGAUUUCCGUGGAGUGGGACAAUACAAAUGAGUCUAUGACAAUUUUUUGAGGCCCGGUUGGAGUUUCUCCGACUGGGCGAUAAUUAAACAAAGCAUAGAGCCCCCCAACCAUUACUCAAACUUCAAAUUGACUCAAAAUUUUGAGUGGAGGAUGACUCACAUCGUCAUUGAGGUAGUCGAACCCGUGACAUUGCCCGUGGUGCCCUCUACAGUCACCUGCCUCCUCCUCAACUUCCACACCUGUCCGUCGAUGGCGCUGCCUCACCUGGGCGCAAGCAAUUAAAGUAACAGAAACUUGACCAUUUGGUGAUAGUUGAGUGCGGCGGAACGUUAGUACCGGGACCUGAUGAGGUGUUAGUGUCGCGUUGUGUGUCCUCUUCAAAUUACCCAACAUUAUGUUAAGGAUUACAUUGUAAAACCCAGGAACAUUGAUGCGUCGCCACCAUGGUUAUAGUGACACGGGGUGAUUACAUCUGGAUCGAGCCCAUUUCUGGAAAUGAAUUCGACGUGGCCAUCGGUGCCAAGGUGGUCUCCGCCGAGGGGCGAAGGAUCGCCGUCCGGGACGAUGACGGGGAGGAGCACUGGCUGUCUCCAGAUCGCCGAAUUAAGGCAAUGCACGCAACGUCCAUCCACGGGGUCGAAGACAUGAUCGGGCUGGGCGACCUCCACGAGGCCGGGAUUCUCAGGAACUUGCAUAUCAGAUACAACGAAAAUCUCAUUUAUACUUACACUGGCUCGAUUCUGGUCGCCGUCAACCCGUACCAAGUCCUCCCCAUUUACACCGCCGAACAGAUAAAACUGUACAAGGAGCGCAAAAUCGGGGAACUACCCCCACAUAUUUUCGCCAUCGGUGAUAACUGCUACGGGAACAUGCGGCGUUAUGGCCAGGACCAGUGCGUGGUCAUUUCUGGGGAGUCAGGGGCCGGUAAAACAGAGAGCACGAAGUUGAUUCUCCAGUACUUGGCGGCUAUCAGCGGCAAACAUUCCUGGAUUGAGCAACAAAUCCUGGAAGCUAACCCCAUUUUGGAAGCUUUCGGUAACGCGAAGACAGUCCGGAACGACAACAGCUCAAGAUUCGGCAAAUACAUUGAUAUUCAUUUCAACAGUAGCGGGGUUAUUGAAGGUGCCAAAAUCGAGCAGUACUUGCUCGAGAAAAGCCGGAUUGUGUCCCAGAAUCCGGACGAGAGGAACUACCACGUUUUCUAUUGCCUGUUGGCCGGGCUGGGCAAGGAGGAGAAGAAGAAACUCGAAUUGGGCGAUGCUAGUCAAUUUAGAUAUCUCACGGGGGGCGGUUGUAUAACGUGCGAGGGCCGGGACGACGCUGCCGAGUUCGCCGACAUCCGCAGCGCCAUGAAAGUGCUCCUCUUCUCCGACCCGGAGAUCUGGGAAAUAAUGAAACUCCUAGCCGCACUCCUCCACAUUGGCAACAUUAAAUACAAAGCCACGGUGGUGGACAACUUGGACGCGACGGAAAUCCCGGACCCGACCAACGUCCACCGCGUUGCCCACCUGCUGGGGGUGCCCCCACAGCCGCUCAUCGACGCCCUCACCAGGAAAACGCUCUUCGCCCACGGGGAAACCGUAGUCUCGACCUUAUCCCGCGAGCAGAGCGUCGACGUCCGCGACGCCUUCGUUAAAGGCAUCUACGGGCGGCUCUUCGUCCACAUAGUCAAAAAAAUCAACAGUGCAAUAUACAGGCCGAAGGAACGGCAGAGGAGUUCGAUCGGUGUUUUAGACAUUUUCGGGUUUGAGAAUUUUAAUCAUAAUAGUUUCGAACAGUUUUGUAUCAAUUUCGCGAACGAGAAUCUCCAGCAGUUUUUCGUCAGGCAUAUCUUUAAAUUGGAGCAGGAGGAGUACAACAACGAGGGGAUCAACUGGCAACAUAUCGAAUUCGUGGACAAUCAGGACUCGCUGGACUUGAUUGCGGUCAAACAACUCAAUAUCAUGGCGCUGAUCGAUGAAGAGAGCAAGUUCCCGAAAGGCACUGACCAGACCAUGCUGGCCAAGUUGCACAAAACACACGGAACGCACCGAAACUACCUCAAACCGAAAUCGGACAUCAACACAAGCUUCGGUUUGAACCACUUCGCCGGGAUCGUCUUCUACGACACGCGGAGUUUCCUGGAGAAGAACCGGGACACCUUCAGUGCCGACCUGCUCCAGCUAGUGGCAAUCUCUAACAAUAAAUUCCUGCAACAAAUAUUCGCCGACGACAUUGGCAUGGGGUCGGAGACCAGGAAAAGAACCCCGACACUCUCAACCCAAUUCAAGAAAAGUCUCGACUCACUUAUGCGAACCUUAUCCAACUGCCAACCGUUUUUCAUACGGUGUAUCAAACCAAACGAAUUUAAAAAACCCAUGAUGUUCGACCGCAAUUUGUGCUGUCGCCAGUUACGCUACUCCGGCAUGAUGGAAACAAUCCGGAUACGAAGAGCCGGCUAUCCGAUCCGGCACAGCUUCAGCGAGUUUGUCGAACGAUACAGGUUUCUAAUCUCGGGGAUUCCCCCGGCCCAUCGAACCGACUGCCGGGCCGCCACUGCCAAAAUAUGCGCCGCGGUUUUGGGCCGUUCGGACUACCAGCUCGGCCACACGAAAGUGUUUCUCAAGGACGCCCACGAUUUAUUUUUGGAGCAGGAACGCGAUAGAGUCCUUACGAAAAAAAUCCUGAUUUUGCAACGCUCAAUCCGGGGCUGGGUCUACCGGAGGCGCUUCCUGCGCCUCAAAGCGGCCACCAUGAUAAUACAAAAGUACUGGAAGGGCUACAUCCAGAGACAGAGGUACAAACGGAUGCGCGUGGGUUACAUGCGACUGCAAGCACUGAUCAGGGCUCGGGUGCUUUCGCACCGCUUCCAGCAUUUGCGGGGUCACAUUGUGGGGCUGCAAGCCCACGCUCGGGGCUAUCUCGUGCGGCGGGAAUACGGCCACAAAAUGUGGGCCAUCAUUAAAAUACAGUCACACGUGCGCCGAAUGAUAGCCCAGCGCAAGUUCAAGAAAAUCAAAUUUGAGAGGCGAAGCCACGUUGAGGCUUUAAGAUUGAAGAAAAAGGAAGAACGCGAGUUGAAAGAUGCCGGGAAUAAAAGAGCGAAAGAGAUAGCCGAGCAAAACUACCGCGAGCGAAUGUACGAACUGGAGAGGAAAGAAAUGGAGUUGGAGAUGGAGGAGCGACGACGUGUUGAAGUCAAGAAGAAUUUAAUCAACGACGCGGCCCGAAAAGCCGACGAGCCCGUUGAUGACUCGAAGCUAGUCGAAGCCAUGUUUGACUUCCUCCCGGACAGUUCCAGCGAGGCCCCAACUCCGGGCCGCGAGACCUCGGUUUUCAAUGACUUGCCCUCCCAGCCUGCGGAGUCCGAGAUCAUAAGCCCCAUGCAGACACAGUCGGAAGAUGAGGAGGAUUUGUCCGAAUUCAAGUUCCAAAAAUUCGCUGCGACCUACUUCCAAGGCAACGUGGGUCACCAAUACUCGCGCAAGCCGCUGAAACACCCACUUUUGCCUUUGCACACGCAAGGAGACCAACUCGCCGCGCAGGCGCUCUGGGUCACGAUCCUCCGCUUCACCGGGGAUUUACCCGAGCCCAGGUACCACACCAUGGACCGCGACAACACCUCCGUAAUGUCCAAAGUGACGGCCACUUUAGGCCGCAAUUUCAUCCGAAGCAAGGAGUUUCAAGAGGCGCAAAUGAUGGGGCUGGACCCGGAUUCGUUCAUGAAGCAGAAACCACGCUCGAUUCGGAAUAAACUAGUCUCGCUGACUUUGAAACGGAAGAAUAAACUAGGGGAGGAUGUGAGGCGGAAGCUGCAAGAUGAGGAAUAUACAGCUGACAGCUACCAGUCAUGGCUUGAGUCACGCCCGACCUCAAAUUUGGAAAAAUUACACUUUAUAAUCGGGCAUGGAAUUUUGCGAGCCGAACUACGGGACGAAAUUUAUUGCCAAAUCUGCAAACAAUUGACCAAUAACCCGUCGAAAUCGUCACACGCCAGAGGCUGGAUCCUGCUCUCCCUCUGUGUGGGUUGUUUCGCUCCUUCGGAGAAAUUUGUCAAUUAUUUGCGGGCGUUUAUACGGGAGGGCCCCCCAGGCUACGCCCCGUAUUGCGAGGACCGCCUCAAACGCACGUUUAAUAACGGUACGCGGAACCAGCCCCCAAGUUGGCUCGAGUUGCAAGCGACCAAGUCCAAGAAACCUAUCAUGUUGCCCAUUACUUUCAUGGAUGGUAAUACUAAGACUCUGUUGGCCGAUUCCGCGACCACAGCUCGUGAAUUAUGCAACCAAUUGUCGGACAAAAUCGGGCUAAAGGACCAAUUCGGGUUCUCCCUCUACAUCGCGCUGUUUGAUAAAGUGUCCUCGUUGGGCAGUGGCGGCGAUCAUGUCAUGGACGCCAUCUCCCAGUGCGAGCAAUACGCCAAGGAACAGGGGGCGCAAGAGAGGAACGCCCCUUGGAGGCUGUUCUUCCGGAAGGAGAUUUUCGCCCCAUGGCAUGAACCAACCGAAGAUCAAGUCGCGACCAACUUGAUUUAUCAGCAGGUGGUGCGCGGGGUGAAGUUUGGGGAGUAUCGGUGUGAUAAGGAGGAGGAUUUGGCCAUGAUAGCCGCCCAGCAGUAUUAUAUUGAGUUUAACACGGAUCUGAACGUUGACCGGUUGUUGACUUUGUUGCCCAACUACAUCCCCGAUUAUUGCUUGACGGGGGUGGAGAAGGCGGUGGAUCGGUGGGCGGCGCUUGUCGUCCAAGCCUACAAAAAGAGUUACUACGUCAAGGAAAAAGCGGCGAUUUUGCGAGUCAAAGAGGACGUGGUCAGUUAUGCCAAGUUCAAGUGGCCUUUGCUCUUCUCACGGUUCUACGAGGCGUACCGUAACUCCGGCCCAAACCUCCCCAAGAACGACGUCAUAAUUGCGGUCAACUGGACCGGAGUUUACGUGGUGGACGACCAGGAGCAGGUCCUCCUGGAGUUAUCCUUCCCGGAAAUCACCACCGUCUCCAGUCAAAAAACCAACAAGGUUUUCACCCAAACGUUCAGUCUGAGCACAGUCAGGGGCGAGGAAUUCACAUUCCAGAGCCCCAACGCCGAAGACAUCCGUGACUUGGUGGUCUACUUCCUCGAAGGUUUGAAAAAACGCUCGAAAUUCGUGAUUGCGCUCCAGGACUACAAAGCCCCAGGCGAAGGCUCAAGUUUCCUAACAUUUCUCAAAGGCGAUCUAAUCGUCCUUGAGGAGGACAGUACCGGAGAAACGGUCCUGAACUCCGGGUGGUGCGUAGGGCGGUGCGAACGCACGAUGGAAAAGGGGGAUUUCCCGGCAGAGACGGUUUACGUCCUCCCGUGCAUGUCCAAACCCCCGGCCGAUAUCCUCCAAUUGUUUUCGAUCGAGGGGGCGGAGCAUGGGCGGAGACUCAGCCAGCAGUACUCAAUGAACGGGACGGAUUCGCGCGAUCGGCCACACACUCUCGCUGAAUACGCAAUCGAUCAUUUCCGCCCACCAAUCAAACGCACCAUGUCCAAGGCGUUAACUCUGACGUCGGCACGACGGGGCGUCGACGACUUGUGGCGACACUCACGCGAGCCAAUCAAACAACCGCUCCUCAAAAAACUGUUAAUGAAGGAGGAGCUUGCCGAAGAGGCGUGUUUUGCCUUCAGCGCCAUUCUAAAAUACAUGGGGGAUUUACCCUCGAAACGGCCAAGGCUUGGCAAUGAAUACACCGACCAUAUUUUUGACGGACCCCUCAAACACGAAAUUCUAAGAGAUGAGAUUUAUUGCCAGAUUAUGAAACAAUUGACGGAUAAUAGAAAUAGAUUAUCGGAGGAGCGGGGGUGGGAGUUGAUGUGGCUGGCGACUGGUUUGUUCACGUGUUCGCAAAGUUUGCAAAAGGAAUUGACUAUGUUUUUGCGGAGUCGGAGACACCCCAUCUCGCAGGAUUCCCUCCAAAGGCUCCAAAAAACUUUAAGGAACGGCCAGCGGAAAUAUCCCCCACACCAGGUCGAAGUCGAGGCUAUCCAGCACAAAACCACGCAAAUUUUCCAUAAGGUGUACUUCCCCGACGACACGGACGAAGCCUUCGAGGUGGACUCGAGCACUCGGGCGAAGGAUUUCUGCCAGAACAUCAGCCAAAGACUCAAUUUGCGCUCAAGUGAGGGCUUCAGUCUCUUCGUCAAGAUCGCCGAUAAGGUGAUAAGCGUCCCCGAGGGCGACUUUUUCUUCGAUUUCGUCCGCCAUUUGACCGACUGGAUCCGCAAAGCUCGGCCAACCCGCGACGGAAUCACUCCCCAAUUCUCGUACCAAGUCUUCUUCAUGAAGAAACUGUGGACGAACACGGUGCCCGGCAAAGACAAGAACGCCGAUUUAAUCUUCCACUUCCAUCAGGAGCUGCCGAAGUUGAUAAGAGGUUACCACAAGUGCACGAAAGAGGAGGCUGCCAAGCUGGCAGCGCUGGUGUACAGGGUCCGGUUUGGCGAGAGCAAGCAGGAGUUGCAAGCGAUACCGCAAAUGUUGCGCGAGCUGAUCCCUGCAGAUUUAGUCAAAGUGCAGAGCGCAAACGACUGGAAGAGAGCGAUUGUCGCUGCCUACAAUCAAGACGCUGGGAUGAGUCCUGAAGAUGCCAAAAUCACGUUUUUGAAGAUCGUGUAUAGAUGGCCCACUUUCGGUUCGGCCUUUUUCGAAGUCAAGCAAACCACUGAUCCGAAUUAUCCCGAAAUGCUGCUGAUUGCGAUUAACAAGCACGGCGUUAGCUUGAUCCAUCCCAAUACGAAGGAAAUCCUUGUCACCCACCCCUUCACGCGGAUAUCCAACUGGUCGUCGGGCAACACUUACUUCCACAUGACCAUCGGUAACCUCGUCAGGGGCUCGAAACUCCUCUGUGAAACCUCCCUUGGCUACAAGAUGGACGAUCUUUUGACCUCCUAUAUUUCCCUCAUGUUGACAAACAUGAGCAAACAGAGAAGUUUAAGAAUCAAAUGAGACAAUUUCCACCUCAGUUGUAAAAACGGGACCGAUUUAUUAAUAUACUCGUACAGUAGGAAAAAUAAUUAAAUAAAUACCAUUGUCCUGAGGUCCCACGUGUAUGAAUAAUCAUUUUUAAGAAAAUGAGGUUGUCGUGAGAACUGACUUGAAUGGAUGUGAAAUGCGUUAGGCCUUCCUGAAUCUCGCUGUGUAUAUAGUUCUAUUUAUUUUAUCAUCGGUUUUUUAUUCUGUUGUUAGGGGUUUGAAGAAUAUGAGAUAUUAUUUAAAUAAUUUUUAUUUCUACAAAAUAUGCAGCAUGUACAGAUUGUUUAUGUAUUAUUUUUACGUAGAAUAAAACUAAUACCAAUAAAAA